AUAUGGAACUUGACCAAGGUUGUUUAUAUCACGUUUUUUACUCAAGUCUGUACCUAUAUUAAUAGUUAAAAUGUAUUAAACGUGUAAGAAAUUAAACAAUGUCAAGGCUUCCAGUCGUGGUAAUUUUAGGCGCAACAGGGUCUGGAAAAUCCAGACUUGCUAUUGAAAUUGCUAAGAAGUAUGGAGGAGAAAUUCUUAGUGCAGAUUCAAUGCAGGUUUACUCCGACCUGAACGUAAUCACCAACAAGGUGACUGCGGAGGAGAGGCGGCAAGCGCCGCACCACCUGCUGGACGUGGUGAGCCCCUCGCGCCAGUUCACGGUCGUCGACUUCCGGAACAUGGCCGUGCCCCUCGUCGAGGGCCUGCUGGAGAGGAACGUGCUGCCGGUGGUUGUGGGCGGCACCAACUACUACAUAGAGUCGGUGCUGUGGAAGACGCUGGUGGUGGGACCGAGGCAGAAGAGGGAGCACGACUCCGUCGGGGAACUGGAGGAGAUUCGCAAGAGGUGGAAGGUUGACGUGGACGAACGCAAGCACAUUCCAACGUCCGAACUGCACAAUCAGCUGAAGAAGGUUGACCCAGAGAUGGCCAGCAUGUUGCAUCCAAACAAUCGGCGAAAAAUCAUCAGGUCGCUGCAGGUGUUUGCGCAGGAAGGCAGGACGCACAGCUCCAUCCUGAGGCAGCAGCGUGAGGAGGGGGGCACGGACCUCGGCGGCCCUCUCAGGUUCCCCCACUCCUGCCUCCUGUGGCUGCAGUGUGAACAGGAGGUGCUAGAUAAGAGGCUGGAUGCGAGAGUGGACACGAUGCUGGAACAAGGACUGGUCAAAGAGCUGCUGGAGUUCCAUCGCCAGUACAACCAGGAGCGGAUGGCCUCUGGUGCUCAACCAGACUACACUGUUGGGAUCUUCCAGUCCAUUGGCUUCAAAGAGUUUCAUGAUUAUUUAAUUCUGCCUGAAGCUGAGCGGAACGCAGACAGAGGAAAGGAGCUGUUCGAGAAAGGUGUAGAAGAUUUGAAACUGGCUACUCGUCGUUAUGCUCGUCGCCAGCUGAAGUGGAUCCGCAACCGUUUCCUCCGGGAGCCCAACAGACAGGUUCCGAACGUGUAUGGCCUGGAUGCCACGGACCCUCUGCAGUGGGACGAGAAGGUGCUGGGCCCCGCGACCAGCGUGGUGGAGAGCUACGCGAGGGGCGAGGUGCCGGCCAGCCCCCGGCCGCUCCCCGCGGAGCCCCGGGAGGAGGCCCGCGAUAGCAGCACCAGCCGCGCGUGCGAGGCGUGCGGGCGCGUGUUCCUGGGGCGCGUGCAGUGGCGCGACCACCUGGCCUCCAAGAAGCACCAGCGGGCCCUGCGCAGGCUGGCCCGGGCGGGCGGGGAGACCUGACCGCGCUAGCUGCGUGCGGGGAAGAAGUGUCUACUGGCGCGCAAGGAAGAAGUGUCUACUGGCUUGCAAAAACACAAGUUGUCAGGCCUGCACACGCAAACAUUCAGAAUUUUAAAUACCAAAACAAGUAAUUUAUCAUUGGUAUUUGAUAGAGGUGGGACGAUACCACACUUUCGAUACUUGAUUCUGUAUUGUUUUUUCAGUUCGAUACUUUCGAUACUCCAGGGAAAAAAAUUUUCUUGUUACGUAACAAUUAUUACAAAUAACGUAAAUUAGUUUUAAACUAUAUAAAUUCCCUCUUUAUUACAAAAAAUACACACUGUGAACAACUUAAAAGACUAACGACUUAUAUAAUUAUAAUUUAUUCUGAUGUGAGCCUAUUGGUCAUCAUAAUUACGGCUAAUAAGCUGUUCUAGUGUAGUUGUAUUUUGUACGAUGGCAACUCAAAACUUAAUUCAACACAAAUGAACAAGCAUUCCGGCAUCGAAAAAAAGUGUAUCGAACUUACAGUUUCGAUACUCGAUACUUUGCGAUACCGUCAAGUAUCGAAGGUAUCGAGGUAUCGAAAAUCCCAUCACUAGUAUUUGAUUUAGUAUCAAACAACUUACACGUUGAAAAAACAAAUAUUUGUUUGCAUUCAAAGUUUAGCUAAGCUGUUCCGCAUCACCUUGCGCUAACUUUUUAUUUGAGGUUAAGUAAGAGACAUGACAUUAGAAAUGUGUACGUGCAAGUUUGAAUGUAUUAACUGGCGAAAUGUAACUACACAGAAGUUAUUUCAAUACAAGCUGCUUAGGUUCAAACUGGAGGACGGUCUUUAAUAAAUAACAAAAUAACAAAAA